AUGACGUACGCGUUCGGUGGCGCGGAUGACGGCGGGAGGAUGCACGGGGAGACGCGGGCGAUGGAUCGAGAGACGAGGAAAUGGACGCGGUUGGCGACGAAGGGACGAGGACCGACGAAACGCGCGGGCGCGGCGGCGACGGUGACGGCGAGAGGGCGGUUGUUCGUGCACGGGGGGGUGGGAGAGGAUGGGAAGUAUCUCGCCGACGCGUACGAGUUGAAUUUAGAUUCGUUGAUUUGGAGAGAGGUGAAGAUGAACGGGUCGGCGCCGACGGCGCGAGCGUUUCACACCGUGAGCGCGCUGAGUACGAUGUUGGUGUGUUUCGGUGGCGAUAAUGGGACGGAGUUUUUGAGGGAGACGUACUACAUGCCCUACGACGACGAGGUUUGGCGCGAACCCGACGCGGCGGCGUACGUCGGCGAAGACAGCGAAAACGUGUGUUGGCCGUGCGAGCGCGCGUGUCACACGGCGACGCCGCUGAGCGACGGCGAUACGAUGAUCGUGUUCGGUGGGUUAAGCAAGAAUAGCGUGUCGUUGAGCGACACCUGGGCGUGGUCCGCCACGGAGCUGUGCUGGAGCCCGGUGGAGCCGCCAUCGCAAGAGCCGGACGCGCGCUUCAUGCACACCGCCACCGUCGUCGGCGACGGUUUAGUCGUCCUCGGAGGGAUGACGCUGAACUUGAAAGGAGUGGACAGCGGCAAGUCGCACCGCGUGUUCGAUCACAUGUACAUUUUAACGGGUUUGCAGCUCCUGACGCACCCGGCGAGAAAAGCGACGCAGGGCAAACCGAACGACUCGCCGCCGCAGCGCUCGACUCGAAAAUCCUUUUCACAAGAACACCCAGAGGGGUUACCGCCAAAGAAGAAGCACUCAGCAGCGGUGAAAGAGAUGCAGCGUAAGAGUUCGCGUCAGUCGAUGGAGAUCGUCGCGGCGGCGGUAGACGUCGCGGCGGCGGCGGAGCCCGAGGCGAGACGGAAAGCAAAGGCGGCGGAACCGAAGCCUUCGGAGCCCGCACCGUCGGCGCAAAAGACUCUUUCAAAAGGACCAUCGACGCCUAAUUUCUUCUCGAAAGAAGCGACGGCGGAGUUCGAGCGCGGAGUCAGGACGCGCGGAACCGAGAUGAGAGUCGUCGCCGCGCCUCUCGCGAAAAAGCCGAAGACGCGCGCGCCGAAUCCUAAGAAGAACGUCGCCAAGCCGGCUUCAAAGUCGAGUCCCCCGCCGAAGCGUGCAGUGAAAGGCCCAGUGCAUGCGCACCAAACAUCGUCUCCACCGGCGCCCGCAACGAUAGACGUCGAAAAACGCUCAUCGGUGCAAGUAGUUAAAGAGUCCGCGAACGUCGCGCCGCCGCGCGCGGAUACGCGCGACAUUCCCGUGCCAGGCGUGAAGCUCGCACCGCCGGACGACGUGGACGAAGACGAAAUCGACUUGUUCUCAGGACCCGUAAACGUAUCCGAUCGUGUCAACGACGAGCAAACACGACAGGAGGCGGAAAAUACACCCACGCCGGAGGCGCCGGCGCCUAAGAAAGUCGCCGCGACGGCUGCGUCGAUUCCGGGGGUGAAGUUGGCACCGCCGGACGACGACGAGGAGGUAGGCGCCGUGGAAAAGUCGACGCCGAGCCCACAGCCAGUCGUUGCGUCGCCCACGAAGAAGUCAACGACGCGAGAGGUGGCGGUCGCGGCGAAAGAGUUCCCCAUCCCAGGCGUUCGAUUGGCCCCAGUAGACGACGACGAGUGGGAAGACAUGGACCCGGAGGAGCGCAUGCCGUCGUUCCAAACGAGUUCGGAUCAAGAGGCGCCCACGAUCGCUGGAAGUGAUUCGCCCGAGAGUGUCGAGGUGCCGUACGAAUGGAUCGCGAGUGACGACCAAAAGUUUUCAAUUUUGAAGGAAAAGGCGACGGGGAAGGAAAUUAGAAGAAUCCCCUUGCCGGAGAGUUUGCGAGACGAAGAGUAUCGAGAACGACGAGAACGAAAACAACCGGCAUCUAAAGUGCAGCUAGUACCGGCGCCAGUCGAAGCGAAGGAGCCACAGCCGUCCUCGACGAAAGUCGCCAAACCUCUGAGCGUAGACGUCGACGUUGCGUUCAAGGUUUACGCGACGUUCCAGUUGACCAAAUCUGCAAAGCUUUACGAGGGCAUGGGACACGACGAGUGCACAAAGGCGCUCCAAGCCGCUUGGCGUAAUCUGACGAAGGAAGAGCACGAUGAGUGGUUGGAGAUGGCUCAAGGUCCACCUUCCGCACGCAAACGCAAAGAUCGCGAGGGGGAACAUCCUGACAAAGAAGACGCCAAACCGUCGACAUCUUCCAAAGACAAUCUCGAAGUGACGCGUCUUCGCCGUGUCGCCGCCGCGCAUUUGAACAUGCAAUUUCGCGCCGAUGUCGAGCACGCCGCGGGCGCUGGUGACUUUCGCGGUGGUGAUCUCGCCAUGCUCGGUGAAUACGUCACCGGCGUCGUCACUGGCGGCUUCGACGCCGGAUACUUUGCCACCAUGAGCGUGCAAACCGACGACGGUCCUCGCAACUACCGCGCCGUGUUAUUCUCCCCCGUUCUGUGCUCGCAGCGCCUCCUUCCAUCCGGCACCGAUGACGGCGACAAACGUCCCACGCUCGUCUUACCCAGCUACUGCGUCCCCGGCACGUCCAACUCCGUCGCUCGCAACAUCGUCUUCACCCGCGAAGACGCGAGCGACGGCGCCAUCCGCGCGGACGCCGUCUGGGGCCAUCCCCUCCCCGACGUCCCAUCCAAGCCGAUCGUCGCCCUCGUCGACGAAGACGUCGAUCGCAAACUCCCCGAAGAUCGCGCGCUUUAGAGUUCGCCGCGG